GUCAUUCUUGUAAGAUCUUCAUCUUCACCAGCAGUCGUCAUGAAGACUCUAUCUCUUUCUCUCUCAGCUCACUUCCAACCUUGUAGAUCUCUAAAACACUCUCAGUAACAAAAUCCCACUUCAGUAAAACCAAUAAUACUAAUAAAAAAUCCUGUUAUUGUUGUUGAUUCUCUUCUCCUCUAACUCUCUCUCUCAACUACUUUCUUCCUCCCUCUUUUUUCCCUUUCUCUUUGUCUCUUGCAAACAACAACAAACCCUACAAUCCUUUUGUUCCUUUUUCACGAGCAUUACCUGAACAACAACAACUAAAAAGCUAGGGUUUUUACUCACAUUCCCAAUUCCCCAUUGUCUAUCUGAGACUUGCCAGUUUUUAAUGUUUUGGGGUUUCCUUUUUAGUAAUAAUAAUAUCCGAUAGCUUUACCUUUUGUAUUUUUUCCCCUUAUCUAAAAAAUACUCAGAGAGAAAAGUACAAGACAAAAUUAGCUCAAAAUCUCUUGAUUAGGGUUCUUUUCAUUUAAAAGGUAACCCCAAAGAGACAGAUAAAAGAGUGAAAGAGAUCUUGUUGUUGUUGUGGGUUCUUAUGUUUUUCAUUUUCAUUUCUGGGUUUUCAAGAUGUGAAUAAAUUGGGAAUUUUUUUUGGAAGAUUUUUAUUUUAGGGUUUUCUAAUUUGAGAAAGGAAAAUAAGAAACCCCAACUAAAAACAUUGAUUGGGUUGUUUUUACCUUUAUUUUUGGAGACUUACAUGUGAAGCAAUUGGGUUGAAUAAUUUGACGGAAUCUCUCUCUUUUUGUUUUUCUUUGAUUCUGGGAAUUUACUGUUUUCAUGGGUUUUAUAACUUUUGAUGGAAUUCAUUAAUAUUGGUAUUCCUUAUUGGAUCUUUUGAGAGUGCACAAGAAUCACCACAAUAGACAGUUGAAGUGUUCAUUUAUGAACUACUUACUUUAUUGGAUGUAUGGAUGGAAACUAGUUUGAAGAAUUUAAUGUCAGUGUGAAGAAUUUAGGUUUUUUUGUGUGUUUUUAAUGAUGGAAGAUAUUGGGUUAUUCAAGCAAGUAUGGAGAUGGUUCUACUCACACAAACAAGUCUAUUCCACUACAAGAACUACAGUUUGUUGUUUUAGAGAUAAGAUGAUGUCGAAAAUUGAUCAUCACUGGCCACUGCUUUGUAGUGGGUGUGUCAAGUUAGGGAACUUGUUGGUGAUUGUAUUGAUGCAAUGGAGGAAUUGUUGUAUGAGGGGUUUGAAAUCGUUGCUACGGCUCAGUUCAGCUGCUUUGCUACUUAUCAUGUGGAGCUGCUUUCUUAGUUUGACAUCCAUAUCUUGUCUUGCUUAUGUGCUUCUAACACUGGGGGCUGCUGGCGCUGGUGUUCAAUACUUGGGUUACAGUCCUGGACUGUUUAUUGUUGGAUUAUUUGGUAUUUUGAUCUUGUGGAUGUAUGGGAACUUUUGGAUAACAGGGAUACUUUUUAUAGUUGGAGGCUAUUUGUUUUCCCUUGAUCAUGCACGGUUUGUCGUCUUGAUGGCAGCUGCAUAUGCAAUUUAUAGUGUUCAAACUCGCGUCGGAUGGAUUGGAAUUUUUCUUUCAGUAAACUUAGCGUUUCUUUCAAACGAUCUCCUCAAUCACUUGCUCCAAGGAUGCGACAGUGCGAGUGGAAGUAUACACAUGGAAGAAGAGAAGGAGGCGGAGUCAAUUGCCGAAGAUGACUUCUUAAGAGAUUUUGAGUAUUCUAUCCCUACUGAAGAAACUGAAAAUGUGCAAUCAUGCAAAUCAACUUCCAAACCAUCUACAACAGCCUCUGUGGAUGUUCAGAAGGAGACUUCAACCAGUCAAGUUGUUAAACCAGAUACCAGUUCAGUGGAUGAGAUGAAGAGGAUAAUGGAUAGUGUAGAUCAUUAUGAGGCUUUAGGUCUUCCACGCGUCAACUUAGAUGCUGGGAUCUUGAAGAAGGAGUAUCGUAAAAAGGCAAUGCUUGUGCAUCCUGAUAAGAAUAUGGGAAGUCAAUUAGCAUCUGAAUCAUUCAAAAAGCUUCAGUGUGCAUAUGAGGUUCUUUCAGACUUGGACAAGAAAAGGAACUAUGAUGAACAAUUGUGGAAGGAAAGAUCUAAAACUGUUUGCGAAGAUUCCCAUGGAAGUUCACGACAGGAUGCUGCCGAUUAUAGAUCUGAUGAAUCAAGACGAAUUCACUGCACAAAAUGUGGCAAUUCGCAUGUAUGGAUAUGCACAAACAGAACCAAGGACAAGGCUCGGUGGUGCGAGGAUUGCUGUGAACAUCAUCGAGCCAGGGAUGGGGAUGGAUGGGUUGAGUAUGGGUGCUCGCUGGUCUUUCAGAGUCCUCCAAAGGUGGAAAUACCACGUGCCUUUGUUUGUGCUGAGAGCAAGAUUUUUGACGUGUCAGAGUGGGCUAUCUGUCAGGGGAUGACCUGUAGACCAAAUACCCACCGACCUAGUUUUCACGUCAACAUGGUUGGUUUGGAGAAGAUGAGUAGGUCAAACUCAAGCAGAUUCCCAUGGGAUUUGGAUGCACAGAUGAUGGAAGAGGAUGAAGAAGAGUUUGAGUUGUGGCUUCAGCAGGCAUUGGCGUCGGGUCUUUUCUCCGAGGCAUCCAAACGUAGGAAGAGUUGGAGCCCUUUCAAGUUGCCUCAAAAAAAAUACUGGCGAAAAUCAACAUAAAGAAGGUUUUUGUUCACGUGAUCAUGAUUCAAGAGGGAGCGAAAGAGAGCACAGAUUAUAGGAUAUUCAGAUUCUGUUUCCCCAAGGAGAUAAGAUGGGCAGAAGGAGAGAGACAGGUGGGUACAAAGUAGAUUCCGGGGAUGACGCGGAAGAUGAGAUGAAGACUGAAGAUCCCUCUACAGUGAAGGAAUUGUUUUACCUUUUUACAUUGAAGUUGUAGAGUCAGGUGGAUAAGGUGUCGGCUGCCUGCAAUUCUAUUGUGAAACCAAAACAUAAAGGUGGUGCUCGAAGAGCUCUGCAAGAUUGCAGUAGUUUGGUGUUUGUUUCAUUUUGUCUUACUUAGGUGGUUUAGUCGAGUAAUGAUUUUUAGCAUCUCCUCAUGUCUGACUUAGUGACUGGAGAUAGAAUUAGAUAGUGGAAGAAUGAGAAGGAGGAUGCCUUCUCUCAUCUUGCUUUUGUAUAAAAGGUUCUGCUUGUCAUAAACAUUUAACUGUCACAUCAAUGUAAAAAGGAAGAACGAUGAAGAAAGAAUGAAUAUUAAACAGAAAAAAAGAUUUAAUGUACUAGUCGUGGGAGAGUUUGAGAGAUUUUAAUGUAUUUAAAUCUCUAGGGAUUUAGAGGGAGU